AUGUUUUGGCCCCUUGUGGGCCUCCUCACCCUCGGCGCCUUGAACGGUGUCACCUCGGUCGCUGUCUCUCGCAGCUCUUCUUCUCUCUCUGGUUCUGGUUUGGUCUCGUCCAACGGCAGUUCCUCCAUCGUGGCUCGCAUGAUGUCUCCCUAUGACGCCGAUCCCGACUUUAACCCCCAUCUCAACGUCCCGGAUAUUUCUUCUGAUGAGCUCUGCGCCCGUGGCAAGACUUUGGAAGAUGUUGACGCGAACAGCCCUGGCAAUUGGUAUUGCCAGAAGGUCGAUCAAAUUCUCUACACCAAAGUCACGAAGCCCGGCACCUAUCAAGAAGUCACCUUCAUGGACAAUCAGUCCGGUGAAUGCAGGUUCUCGCCGAGGGAGUUCAAGGGUGAUUUGGCGCCCUACAAUGAGCCCCAGUUCUCCGUCUAUACUCCCGGCGGUGGCGGUUCAUACAACCGUAUCGGAGAAUACCACGCGGCUUCUCAGACCAGAAACGGCAUCAUGUUCCUGGGUAACCGCGGUGGCGCCGGCUCUGGCGUUGCUGGCGGUCCAUUUGGUGCCUCGCUUUCUUACGUUUCUGCCGACGGUCUCGGCGGUGCUUCAGGCCCGCAAACUCUUCACGACGUCCCCCUGGUUUCUCACGCUGAGAUUGUCGUCACAACCGAUCAGCCCUGCGAUGGCUCCUGUGGAUACAGGCGCCCCGGAGCAGUCACAUACAAGGGUUUCCCCGGUUCAGCCCGGGUCUUCAUGUUCGAAUUUUCCAUGCCGGACGAGCCGCAACACAAUGGCGAACCUGGAGGUAACGAGCCAGCCAUUUGGUUGUUGAACUCCCGUAUUCCCAACACCGCCCAGUACAAUACGUGCAACUGUUGGGCAUCUGGAUGCGGCGAGCUGGACAUCUUCGAGAUUAUCUACCCAGGACAGACGAAGGCUGUUUCAACCUUCCACUUGGACGGAGACGGAAAGUCGGCCGGCGAUGCCAACUGGCUCCAACGCCCGACAGGCGGCCCCAUCAAGCUCGCCGUUGUGAUGGAUGCCACCAACGGUGGCACUGUCUCGAUCAAGAAUAUGGGCGCCAGCGAUGGCGGACGUUUCGGCGGCUCCCUUUCCGCCAGCCAGGUCGAGGGCCUGAAGGCCAAGAGCGGCCUGGUCUCGGAGUACGUAAGGGGUACUCGAAACGGGCAUCAAGAGACGGACAGGUCUAAAAGGAAUCAAGGGAAGGAAGGAUGA